AAGGGGGAUAACUUCUAUGGCCACUUCCGUUUUAUGCUGUUUGGAAGACGUCGAUCGUUCGCCGUUGUUUUGUUGUUUUUAACAUAAUAUUGCACGCUUUAGCGUGCUUGCAAAUUAAUUUUCUAACAAAAUGGAAGUUAGUACGGAGAUAAGUCAAAAAAUUCGUUCCGCUAUCAAAGCGAAAUUAAUGGAGCUUGGUGCUUAUGUUGACGACGAGCUUCCUGACUACAUCAUGGUCAUGGUCGCUAACAAGAAAAGUCGCUCUCAAAUGAGCAGCGAUUUGUGUCUUUUCUUAGGGACCAACACUGACGCUUUUACUGGAUGGCUACACGGACUUCUUGGUAAAUUACAGACUAUUACUGUUGAGUCUAGUGAUAAAUUGAAAACUAAAGCUACAAAAGAACGAAAAAAAGAUAAAAAAGAAGGUAAAGACAAAAAGAAAUCAAAGAAACACAACAGUGAAUCUUCGAAGAAAAAGAAUGAAACUUCAGAUAAGAAUGAAUCUAGUAGUGUACAAUUAAAACCUUUAGCUUUAGAUAAAGAUGAAGUUGAGACCAACAUAGAUCCAGAUAAAGACAUUAAUUUAAAAUCAAAACCACAAAUAGAAUCUGAUUCUAUCGAACUACCUCAUGAAAGUAGUAAAGAAGUUGAUGUUAACAAAACGACUCAGAGUCAUAGCAUCAUGCAAGAAGAUGUUGAAGAUGUAAGACAGUUACUAGUAACGGGUGCCCAAGCAGAUGAACUUGCUGAGGAAUUAGAAACUACAGAAGAAGAAGUGAAAAAAUCAGUGUCUGAAGACAGCAAAGUGUUAAAAUUGAUAGGAUCAAACAAACCUAGUGCUAAAGUCAUCUCUGCACCAAGUGAGCGCAGAAGUCGUAGCCCAACACCUGAUAAACCAAAUGACCAUCUUCCAGCAGUAAAUAGGAAACGAAAAAUACCGACUUCAGUUGUUGCUCAUGUGAGUAAGAAAAGUGACAACGAUGAAGAAGAAUAUGAUCCAUAUAAUCCAGCAGUUGGUAGUGUUGCAAGUGUGGUCAAAGUAACUUCUCGUAGAUCAAGUGUUCCUGCUUCUUUACAGGCUAACAGGGCCUUACUAUUAAAAGCAAUGUCGGAGGCAGAGAAAUCAAUAGCUGUCAAACGCAAGGUAGCUGCCACACGACCCAUCAGCCGCAGAGAUUCGCCCAACGAGUAUUCACCAAAACGCAAGAGGUUAGACCCUAGCCCACCACCGUAUAUUCCCUCCAGGAAAGAGGCCUCCAGUGGUAAGAGCAGUAGUGUCACGGAGCUGAGGCAUCUCUCUCACAAUGAUGCCAGACACACUCUAGGCAAAGAUAAAAAAGGCUUGACCUCCCGAUCAAGGAGGGAAGAGCAGCAAAGAGCAGUGGAACAUGAGCGCAAUGUGUCUACUAAAUCUGAUUCAGUCCACACGAGUGAGAAGAGUGGAAAGGAAACGAAAGAGACUUACAUUCAAAUAGAAAGACAAGUGAAAGGAGACGCUGACAUUGGAGCCGUGAAGAAUUUCCAAAUUACAGCCAGAGUUGUCUCACCUAAGGAUAUCAAAGUUGAAAGAGAAGACAGUUCUGUUGUUGAUGUCAAAAGCUCUAUCACCUCUAGAUUGGGUAAAGUCAUAGUAAAAAGAAGGUCUUCUGAUGUCAGAAAUGACAUUCAACUAAAUAAAUUAAAGUUGAGACCAGAAGAAGUUAGGGGCAGGUCUGGCUCAAGGGUGAUCUCCAGGCUGGGUAAAGCAGCGGUGCAGAAACAGUGUGAAGCCGCUGUCCAGUCACUCAAAUCUUCUAUAAGGGCAAGUGACAAAGCAAAGGUGACUGCCAGUCCAGACAGUAGAGUUGUUUGCUGUGACAAUGACACUCUGGCGGGUGCCGCUGAGGAGGAUGUUUUAGAUCUAGAUGAAACUCGAGAUGUCAAGACGAGUGAUGCUGAGGAGAACAUGUCUGACGACCUGGCCCAGAUGUUGGAUGAUGACCUGGAGCCUGAGAUGUUGGACCAGCAUGACGAGUUCACUUUAGACCUGGAAGACGAUGAUAUCACCAAUGUUGUUGGAGAGAUAGAUGACGAAGACGUGGACAGUGCAAAGGCUGUGGGGAAAGUGGAAGACUCUAAGGCAGGCACCAGGUUCAUUGUAACACUGGAUGGAGUAGAUGAAAGACAGUUUGAUGUCUCAGAUAGCAGGCAGGCUCACCCUGGAGUAGCUAUACCUUUACAGGCUGCUGAAACACAAAAGGAAAAACUGCUUCUUGAUCUCUUGACAGCUCAGACAAGAUCUGCCCUUCAGCAGAGUAUUCUUCCCUUGACUCAAGUCAGCCAAGUACUAUCCAGUAAGAUGCAACCUCCUAGAAUACAGCAGUUUUCAAUAAAUCUCAGAGACUCAGAUGAUGAACAUGAAGAUAAAGAUGUCAUAAAUAAGGUUACAUUUGAUCAAAAUCCAGAAAAUGGGGAAGAUAACCUUGUGUCUGCUCUAAAAAAGGCUAAAAUGUCAGAAAGGUGUAAAUUCUGGCCAGCUUGUGCAGCAGGCGCUGGGUGUGAGUACCACCACCCAACCAUGCAUUGUAAGACAUUCCCUAACUGCAAGUUUGGAGAUAAAUGCUUGUUCAUACACCCCAACUGCAAAUUUGACUCCAAGUGUAGCCGACCGGAUUGCCCUUUUACCCACACCAGUCGCAGGCCUAACCUUAGCAGUGCUGCUCAUGUCAUCACCAUCCCACAGCCUCAUGUAAUACUCUCGACAGCACCACCACCACCACCUAGUUACAGCGCCUCAUCGCAGGUCACUUGUCGAUAUUUCCCAAACUGUUACAACAUAAACUGUGUGUUCUUACAUCCCAAGCCUUGUCGCUUUGGAUCAACCUGCAAGAAUUCAACCUGUACAUUCUACCAUCCUCCGUUGCCUGGCCGAAGUAAACUGAAGUGGCAGGCACAAAGUGAAACCUCCAAAACUAAACAGCAGGUCUCCGGUGUGGAUACUACUGUUACUAGUAAAUCUACAGUGAGCCCGUCUCAUUCAGCUGCAGUAUCUUCCACCAGCCAGUAAUGUUUUUAGAGACCCUUUAAGAUCAGAUUUAAUGAACAAUAUCUGAAAAACAAAAUGUAGUCCAACCAAUUUAAACAAAUUCAGUAUAGGAAUUAAAUGUUUGUUUCAGUAUAUUGCUGAAUAACGUUCAACCUCCAGAGCAUGAAAACAUCUUAUUUAGAAAGUUAUUUAUAUACCAAACAUUUUCUGGUGUAAUUUUAGCCUGUAUUCUAGUUAAAUAGUUGACCUACUGUGUACUACUCAGUAGAUGGAUUAGGCUACUUUGUACAGGUUCUUUGAAUCAAGCUCACCAUCCUAUGAACUUGCAGUGAUAUUGUACACCAGCUAAUGCUGUACUCUUUUUAGUGUUGUAAAACUAGCUAAUGUCUAUUUCAGAAAGAUCCUAUACCCAAGUAUUAUAGAGUUCAGUUUAAUGCAAGCUAAAUGGAUAUAGACAUAAUAUAAAGUAACAGUAACUGAAUGGUUGUUGAUCUUGUUUUAAUGAUUUUGAAAAAAUAGUUUUUGUGAUGUUUAAAUGUGAUGAUUGCAAGCCACAACCACUGGUCAAAUGCGUGACACUUGUGUUGGGAAUUUGAUAGCGUGACGGCCUCGUUGACAAAAUUUGACACAAUAUCGACUAUUGAUAAUCUGAUCAAUUGUUACACUAUAUUGACUUCAAAUAAUCUGAUCAACUCUUUGUUGACUUGUAAUCUGAUCAGUUAUGAAUGUGACACUAUAUUGACCCUCCCAACUGAACUUUUUUGUUCAUAAUUUUUUUAAAAUAAUCAUUGCUAUGGAAGAUAGUAAGCCUUGUUUCCAUUGGAUGUGAUUUUACAUUUAUUUCAUUGAAACUAUGUUGUUACAAAUCUGAAUAUGUGCUGACAAGUUUCUUUUAGGUUCAUUCAAUCACUACUAAUUGUUAUGGUAUGAUAGUAAUAACUAGCAAUGGGUUUGCACUAAGUAUUUGCUGACUAUUAGUAUGUUAUUGUUUUCUUAUGAAUUAAACAUCAAGUCUUU